GCAAGUAGUUGUUCAAGCCUGAGCAAAAAAACAUUUAUAAAAGUAACUUGAGAAAGAGAGGAAGAGAGGAUCUAACAGGAGAUGGCAGGGACGACGGUGAGCAUGGCGAUGAUGAUGCUUGUGGGCGCCAUCAGCAAGGCCGCCUCCGCUGCCGCUGCCGAGAUGAGCCUCCUCAUGGGCGUCCGGAAGGACAUCUGGUUCAUCAAAGAUGAGCUAGAGACCAUGUACGCCUUUCUUUUGGCCACUGAAGCAACAAAGAACAAAAACAUAUUGCUGAAGGUUUGGGCAAAGCAAAUAAGGGACCUGGCCUAUGGUAUUGAAGAUUGUCUUGAUGAAUUUAUGGUGCACGUGAAAAGCCAUAGCUUGUCUUGCCAGCUAUUUAAGAUAAAAGACCGUCAUCGCAUCGCCAACCAAAUUCGCAAUCUAAAAUCAAGAGUUGAAGAGGUGAGCAGUAGGAAUACACAUUAUAACAAGAUCAUGACCGAUGCCUCCAACAGUGUUGACAAGGUGAAUUCUUACAUGGAAGAUAUUCGCAGCCACUCAGCUGGCAACAUUGACGAGGCAGAGCUUGUGGGCUUUGUUAAGCCUAAAGAAGAGUUGAUUAAGAUGAUGGAUGUCAACGCUGGAGAUGGUCUUUCCAAGGUGAUUUGUGUUGUUGGCAUGGGCGGUUUAGGAAAGACUACUCUAGCAAGGAAGUUAUAUGAAAGUAAGGUAAACAUUGUUAGUAAAUUUUCUUGUUGUGCUUGGGUCACUGUCUCAAAAUCGUUUUCUAAGAUAGAGAUGCUCAAGGACAUGAUUAGGCAGCUUUUGGGUUCUGGUUCACUGAAGAAAUGCUUGAAUGAACUUGAAGGAAAGGAAGUGCAAGUAGAUGAUCUAGGCAACUACCUUAGAGAAGAGCUAGUGGAGAAGAGGUAUUUUAUUGUUCUUGAUGACUUGUGGACCAUAGAUGCAUGGAAGGGGAUAACGAAUAUUGCUUUUCCUGUUAGUAACAAUAAAUGUAGCCGGGUAAUAGUAACAACUAGAGAUGUUGGUUUGGCUGAGCAGUGCACUUCUGAAUCACUUAUCUACCACCUUAAACACCUCCAAAUUAGUGAUGCCACAAAUUUGCUACUUAGAAAGAGUAGGAAAACACGGGAAGACAUGAAAAAUGAUAAGAAAAUGAAGAUCGUGGUUACUAAAAUUAUGAAGAAGUGUGGCGGUCUACCACUGGCUAUACUCACUAUAGGAGGCAUUCUUGCCACCAAAAAGCUAACAGAGUCGGAAAGUAUUUACAAGCAGAUCCCCUCGGAACUCGAGAGCAACCCUAGCCUUGAAGCAUUAAGGAGCAUAGUCACUCUGAGUUACAACUAUUUGCCAUCUCAUCUCAAGUCAUGCUUUCUGUAUUUAAGCUUAUUUCCUGAAGAUUUUGAAAUCAAAAGGAGACGUGUGGUAGAGAGAUGGAUAGUAGAGGGGUUUGUUAGAACCAAUGGUGGAGUAAACAUCGAAGAUGUUGGAAUAAGUUACUUUAAUGAGCUAAUCAACCGAAGCAUGAUUCAGCCCUCAAGAGUGAACAUGGAAGGAAUCGUUAAGAGUUGUCGAGUACAUGAUAUCAUGCGUGAUGUCAUGGUCUCAAUUUCUAGAGAUGAAAAUUUUGUGAACAUUGCAAGUGGUAAUGCAGCUAGUCCUGUAGAGCAGAACUUCCGUCAUGUAUCAUACCAUGGUAGCAAGUGCCAAAACAUAGACACAUAUUGGUGCAAUAAUGUUCGCUCGGUGACUGUAUUUGGUGAGAGAUCCAUCGAGCAAUCAUCUCCAGUCUUUUCACAUGACUUAAGAAUGCUUAGAGCCAUGGAUCUAGAGGAUGCACAAUUUAAAAUCACCCAGAAAGAUAUAGAAAUUAUAGGACUGUUGCGGCACUUGAAGUAUGUGAAUAUUCAGUGUGGUAGCAAUUCACAUGUUUGCAAACUUCCAAGAUCUAUUGGUAAGCUACAAUACUUGCAAACUUUGGACAUACGUAACACAUAUAUCACAUCAUUGCCAGCUGAAAUUGGUAAACUCCAAAGUCUGCAUAGCCUCCGUUGUGGAAGAAAGUACUGGCACAAUGAUUCAGAUUCAUAUGUGCCAAUUGGAUGUUUGGUGGACACAUUGUGUCUACCCAUGAUGUUCACACCUUUGGGUAAUCCUGAUCUUCAUGAUUAUUUGAUUGCUGAGCUACGCAUGGUAUACUCUGGUCGUUGGUUCAAGUCUGAGGGUUUGAGGGUGCCCAAAGGAAUUGGUAACUUAAAAGAGUUACACAUAUUGGAGGUUGUGGACAUCAAGAGAACUUGUAGGAGAGCAACUAAAGAGCUAGGGAAGCUUACACAACUACAAAAACUGAGAGUUGUAGCAGAAGGAGCCUCCACGAAAAAAUGUAAGAUACUUUGUGCAGCCAUCGAGGAGCUAUCUUCCCUAUCAUCUCUUGGUGUGGAUGCUGGAUCACUCAAGUGGAUCGAUUCUAUAUCCUGCCCUCCCCCCUUCUUGAGGACCCUGAAGUUGGAUGGACUUCUUGGAGAGGUGCCAGGCUGGUUCAAGCAUCUUAUGAAUUUGGUGAAACUUUACCUUAAAGGGAGCCAUAUGAAGGAAGGAGGUAAAAGCAUGGAGAUAUUGGGGGCACUGCCUAACCUCAUGCUCCUUCAUCAAUAUUCAAAUUCUUAUGGUGGGGAGAAGCUCGUGUUUAAAGUGGGAUCAUUUCCAAAGCUACGGAAGCUUGACGUCUUUCUUCAUUGUAAAUUGACGGAGCUGAGAUUCGAGGAGGGCACCUCGCCCUACCUUGAAAAGAUAGAAAUUGGUGACUGCAUGUUAAGAUCAGGGAUUAUUGGUAUCCAACACCUUCCAAGGCUCAACGAGAUUUCACUUGGAGAUGGUUGUAAAGUGGCCAAACUUGGUUUACUGCAAGGCGAAGUGGAGGCACACCCCAACCAUCCUGUGUUGCGACUGCUCUGGGGAAGGGGUUACCAUGACCUUAGGGUAGUCACCGAUGUCUCCAGUGCUGCUGCACAAGUGAUAGAAGUAGCGACGGGACCAUCAGUUGUUCUUUCCGAGCAGGCAGCAGUAGGAGAGCGCUCCUCACAGGUGCUGACAGGGAGCGAUAGGUCAGCUAGCUAAUUUCGGUUUCGUUCAGUGACAUUAGCUUAGGUCUCUAAUUCUAAUUGUACACUUACAAAGUUACAAUCCAUCUCUCUUCUCUUCUAUUUUACUGCCUGUAGCAGCGAAGACGAUCUGCGCUGAUGACGAGUUUCUGGUUGAUGAUCGCUUCUCCGUCCUGAACAUUCCGCGCCUCGGUUGACAUGCUGGCCUCGCUUAGGUCGCUGCCUUCCAAUGCUAUACAGGGCAGAAGACAAGAUCCAUUGCACUACCCUACAAAAGAAGCUAUUGCUAAGCUGCAGAUAUUGUUAUGCUGCAAUUGGUCAUGAGGUUGAAUCUUCCAAGUUUGCUGCUAGUUACCUCCAAGUGUUUUUUACGCCGCGAAGGGCAGAGUGGUGCCACGUAUCUUCUGGGUAUUGGUGGUACGAAAGAGACAGAGCAAGAUCUCAGAUUGAAAUUACAAGUGACAGCUGUUAGCCCAGAGUUGGUUUCACCAUGGAGUUGAUCAACCCACUAGGGUACUGUUCGGAGACGCACUCAUCCCACCAUGCCAAGAUUUCUCCUGGAUAUUCUCCAUUUAUUUAUGUUCUGCAUGUCUACUCUGCUUCUGUAACGGAAGUGGGUAUGCUUGGGCCAUGUCAGGAUGCGAG